AGAAGGAAAGAAACCCUCGCCACAAACUCUCUGGUUGUGAACCUCCUGAGAUUUAGCGAUUCAGAAAACCACAAACACUCUCUUCUUUUAUAUCAAAUCGAUGGCGGCGAAGAGAAUCGGAGCCGGUAAAUCUGGCGGAGGAGAACCAAACAUCUUAGCUAAGAUUUCAAACUCCGAGAUCGUGUCUCAAGGAAGACGCGCAGUUGGAGAUGCCGUCGGAGUAUCGAAGAAACUGCUCUGGAGCACCGGAAAAGCCGCGUGGAUCGCUGGUACAACUUUUCUCAUCCUUGCCGUUCCACUGAUCAUUGAGAUGGAUCGUGAAGUACAGCUCAACGAACUUGAGCUUCAGCAGGCUAGUCUCCUCGGAGCUCCACCAUCUCCAAUGCAAAUGCAAAGGGGAUUGUAAGAAAUCCCUAUUUACGAAUUUAGGGUACUCUGUUUUUUACUCUGUUUUGUUUUCUGUUGUUUUGGUGGAUUCAUAAAGUUUGGUGCUUUUUUNUUUUUUUUUUUUUUUUUUUUCUGUUGUUUGUUGUUAUCAUCUUCAGAUUUGAUUGUCAUCAUCAUCUAUGUAUUUUAGUACUCUUUGUCUUGUUUUACGUUUCUAUUGCAAUAAAAAUAGGAUCUUGAGGCACUGAA